AUGGGUCGCGAACUCCAAAAAAAGAAGAACCGCUCCUCCCUCCACAAAGUCACCAAAAAGCCCAAAUCCAAAAAGAAGAUCCUCAACAACCCCAUCAUCGCCGCAAACUGGAACCCCAAAGAAACGCUCACCCAAAACUACCGCCGUCUCGGCCUCGCUACAAAGCUGAAUCACGUCACCGGCGGCGUUGAGAAGACCUCCAGCGCCGACACGCUCAGCGCGCGGAAGAGCGAUAGCCUGAAAAUCGACGGCAGCGCGCCGACGGUCAUCGAGGUCCAAGAGGCGCGCAUCGAGCGCGAUGCGGAGACGGGCGAGCUACGGGUCUUGGACGAUCCGACUGCGAGGAGGAAGCCGAAUCCGCUGAAUGAUCCGCUGAAUGAGCUGUCUGACCUCGAGGAUGCGGAGGAGUGGGAGGGGUUUGACAAUGUGCCGCGGGCGGGGGCUGGAGGGGAGACGGCUGUGGUGAGGGCGUUGCAGCAGCAGGCGGCGCGGGGAGUAAGGAAGGCGCCCAGGAAACAGAGCGUGAGGGAAGAGGAGUGGAUAGGAAAAUUGGUGGAGAAGUAUGGAGAUGACUACGGCAAGAUGGUUCGGGAUCGGAAGUUGAACGUUAUGCAACAGAGUGAGGGGGAUAUUAGGAGGAGGGUACAGCGGUGGAGGGCGAAGCAGGGGAGAUGA